CGUCCGCGCACACCGGGGCGGGCUCCGGGCCCCCCCGCUGCCCCGGCCCCGCCCGGGACCCCCGGCCCCGCCCCGCCCCGGCCCCGGGGCCGCCGGGGAUGGAUGAGGGGCUGCUCCGCGCCCUGGGGGGGCUCAGCCUGCACCCCCCGCGACGCCGGUUCUGCGGGAGGCUGGUGCUGCUGCGGGGGCUGCCGGGCUCCGGGAAGAGCACCCUGGCCAGACAACUGAAACGUGACUUUCCCAGUGCUGUGGUUCUUAGUACUGAUGACUUCUUUAUUGAAAAUGGUGUCUAUGUGUUUGAGCCUGACUUGCUAGAGGAUGCACACAAAUGGAACCAAAAGAGAGCACGCAAAGCAAUGAAGAAUGGGAAAAGCCCGGUUAUUAUUGACAAUACCAACAUCCAUGCUUGGGAAAUGAAGCCCUAUGUGAUGAUGGCACGUGAAAAUAGAUACGAAGUUGUAUUCCAAGAACCAGAUACACCCUGGAAGUUCAAUGUUCGGGAGCUGACGAGAAGAAACACUCAUCAUGUCCCUCGAGAAAAGAUACAACGGAUGAAAGAACAGUACGAGCACAAUGUCACCUUCCACAGUGUUCUUCAGUCUGAAAAACCAAGCAGAGAUGAGAGAAGCUCUAGUGGACCAAAUGCAGCUUAUAGCACGGGUGCCUGUUCCAACCACCCUGCAGUCCUCUCAAACAGAAGACCUCACAGGGCACGUCCAAACAUGUCGUUUCAAUGAAGAGGUGGAUUCCUCAGUGUAUUUUAAUUAUCAGGGUAUAAAAGUAUCUAGUUUUACAUACUAUUUUCCUAAACUGUUUUUUAUUCUUGCAUUUUUCUACUAUAUUUCUAAAUUGCUUGUAUUUCUUACAAGUUUUUAAAUGUCACUGGAUUAAGAACUCACAGCUCUACAUGACAGAAUUAAGACCAAUCUCCCCAGUACAAACUCUAUUCCCUCUCAUCCCUCUUUUGUGAAAAUCCAUUCAAGCUUAUGGUGAAAUUUACUGGCUGUGCCACA